AUGCCAGGCUCCCUGAGUGUAACUUUGGCUAAUUCAUUCUCAAUUUUACAUGCUAUACGACAGAUUGAUGAAAAUUUAAAGCGGGAAAUUAUUAACCACAGAUCUCUGAGGCAUCCCAACAUUUUCCAGUGUAAAGAGGCACGAUACUUCUUCCAGCAACGCAUAUCCGGGGUCAGCUACUGUCGUGCUAUGUCCUCAGUGCUGCAUUCGCAACCGAAGUCAACAGUUGGUACUCCUGCAUAUAUCGCUCCAGAACUGUUACUAAAGAGAGAGUAUGAUGGCAAGAUUGCAGAUGUUUGGUCUUGCGGUGUAAUGUUAUACGUUAUGUUGGUGGGCGCUUUCCCAUUUGAGGACCCUCAGGAACCCAAAACUUCCGUAAGACGAUACAGAUCCGGUUUCGAAGCCAUGGUGUUCGAUGUAAUGACUGAGAAAGAACUCGAACCUGAAGUUGCUGUAAUCUUCUACCAAUUGCCUGCAUCUCCUGCAUUCUUCUCUCUUAUCCAAGAUUUUCUGAAGAACCUCCCGGCAGACGUUCCAGGAGCCAAUCAACGGAUGCAGAAUGAUGCAGAAAUCAUGGAGAUAAUUUCUGAGGCUACUGUCCCGGCAGCCGGGACUAACAGUCUAAAUCAGCAUUUUCUUGGUGAACCAAGCUAUAGCCUGGACAUUGACGACGACAUAGAGGAAGAUCUCGAGAGUGAUCCUUAUCUUGAUAUUGAUAGCAGCGGAGAAAUCAUCUAUGCGAUGUGA